UGGGGAGUCAGGGGAGGAGGGCGCUCACACACACAGGUGGGGGACAGGCGGCUACACAAUGCCUGUGGCGCCCUUUUGGGAAGAUGUACGUGAGCUAUCUAUUGGAUAAAGACGCCGCCAUGUACCCCAAUCCCUCCAGGCACACCAGCCUCAACAUCGCCCCCCAGAACUUCGUGCCCGCGCCCCCCCAGUACACGGAUUUCUCGGGAUAUCAUCACCACGUUACGGGCAUCAGCGACUCUCACCAUGUCCAGCCCGCCUCAGCCUGGGCAGCGCCUUACGCGCCGGGGAGAGAUGACUGGCACGGGUUUGGCACAGGUAAUGGGGCCAGUCCCUCUGGCCCGGGACAGCUCGCCUUCAGCCCGGCUGAUUUCACAGCCAUGCAGCCCCCACCUGCUGGUAUCCUGGCUCCCAUCAACAGCUCAUUGCCCCAACUCUCCCCCACCGCACAGCGCCGCAAUGCCUACGAUUGGAUGAGACGCAAUGUGCCAACCAACACACAGGGCACUGACCAAUGCUGGGGAACGAUUCCUCGGGCACCAGCACUUCAGCCAAAUGGCCAACCUUCAUUUGCCGGCGUCCACCGGGAAUCCAACUUGCAAUCCUCUGGUAAAACCAGGACAAAAGACAAAUACCGAGUUGUCUAUACAGAUCACCAGAGGCUGGAGCUGGAGAAGGAGUUUCACUACAGUAGAUACAUAACCAUACGCAGGAAAGCUGAGCUAUCAGUAUCACUGGGACUGUCUGAACGUCAGGUAAAGAUUUGGUUCCAGAACCGAAGAGCGAAAGAGAGGAAAAUCAACAAGAAGAAGCUUCAGCAGCAAUCGCAAGCAGCGAGCACAACCACCCCCACCCCCCCGGGCGCCAGCUGCGUCAGUGCUAUAGGCAUGGUCAGCAGCAGCAGUGUGGGCAGCACCGGUAACCUGCUCUCCCAGUCUAUCCCAAUGACUAUUAAAGAGGAAUACCUGCCCUAACACAAGCUCCUCUCACCACCUUCUGGUGAACCAGCCAUUUCCAAUCACAAGGGACUCUCUGAUGCCAAAGGCCCACCACAACCAAGCGAUCAUUUGGGAUGUUGUUGUGAACAAUUUUUGCCAUUGUCAUCCUGCCAGGGUACAUAAUGCAUCCAAAUCUAUCUUCAGCACGUACAUAGGAUUCAAAACUAUAUUGUCAUAUCUCACGUGGUUUAAGAGCCUGGCUGCCUUUUACAGUAAGAGUAUAUUAUUUUGCAGGUGUAUUAUAUUACUGUAUAACUUCAAGAUAUUUUCACCUUUCAGAUGCCAUUUUUAUGACCAAAUCUACUAAUUUCCUCCUAUCUACUACGGUAACACCAUACCCUGAUGUUUCUGAGCUGCCUCUGCACAUUUGGGGUAAAAUUUAUCCUGAAUAGAGUGAGCUCCCCACUUACUGAAGCUUUGAGCUUCAUGUGGGGGAUCUUGCUGUUGUGUUUAGUUGUGCCAUCAAUGUUUCCUUACUUCCUCAAGUUUCUUGUAAAACAACUUUCACAUCCUCCCGAUGUUGUUGUUCUCCAUUGUCUUGGGAGGUGCAUUGCUGCAAUACCUUAUCCGUGUGCUCCAUUCAUCAUGUGUGGACCUGGAGAGUGAAAGCUGUCACCAACUAGUCUCACCCUACAUCACACCAUGGCUCAUAGCAGCAAUGUAUUAGUAUUCAAUCUCUCUUUAGUGUAACAUAUCAGAAAGGGUUUCAUUUAAUUCUUUGAUAUGCGUUUAGUUGAGGUUGUCUGUAGUUCAAGGAUUCUCUUCCAGGUCCAUGACACAUGCCCUAAGGUAGUCUGAAUGCAGGUUACUCAGUGGCAGAGAGCGCAAUGUACUGCACUCAAUGCUGAAAUCCCAUCUAUCAGGUUUUAAGUCUGUUUUGUCUUAAAAUUGAAGAUUGUGAAUACUUGUUCAAGAUCCCCAAAUUUGGUCUUAAUUUGGUUCUUUCUAAGGACCAAAUUAAGCCGACUUCCAAACUAGGAUUGAAUGUGAAAUAUUUUGAAGGCAAACAUGACAGUCGCUUUGCAACAGUAAGGCACACACACAACUAAGAGAUAAAUAAGGGAAUAUCCUGGAGAAUGUUGGCCGACCAGUUUGGAAUAAAAGCCUUGUGCCAAAUGGCUGAUCUCCCGUCCAUCGUCACCAAAAGCUUUAAGAAAAUGUUGAAGCUAAAACUACAUCUAAUCGAAACACCUCCCGAUUCCCUUUAGCAGAAAUUAAUAUAUGUUGAAAUGUUUGUACUUUUUUAUUUUAAUGAGGUGUAAAUAUUAUGAUGCAUUUAAAGUAAAACGAAUGCCUCUGCUUA